CUUUCGAGUCCUUGCAGCGGGUCGGGGAUCGAAGGAUUGGGCCAAUAGCGGCUGAAACGUCUUUGGAAGGAGGAAGGGGGUGAGGGGGCAUCCCUCUGAGUUCCGCCUCUCCUUUUUCGAGGCGGUCGUGGGGAAGGGGGACGUACGAAAUAUUGCCCUCGAAAGCCAAGGAUCACACCUCUCCGUGCAAACUGCCGGGAGGGCGGCGGGAAAAGGGCAAGACGGGAGUGGGGAAAGGGAAGGAUCCAGGAAGCCGCGCGGGAGGGCGCGCGCGCGCGCCCCUUUUUCAGCAGUGUGGCGGGGUCGCACGCACGCCCGCCUCGGCGGCUGGGCGCGGUUUGCGACAGUGGGGGGAGUGGUGGAGGUGGCGGCGGCAGUGGCAACUUUGCGGCAAGCUCUGGACGGGCUUGCUUGACGGCGGUGUGGCGGAGGCCCCGCCCUAGGCGGCAGGAACCUGGAGGGAGGCGGAGGAAUAUGUCCGAGAGGGAAGUGUCUACAGCGCCGGCGGGAACAGACAUGCCUGCGGCCAAGAAGCAGAAGCUGAGCAGCGACGAGAACAGCAACCCGGACCUCUCUGGAGACGAGAAUGAUGAUGCUGUCAGUAUAGAAAGUGGUACAAACACUGAACGCCCUGAUACACCUACAAAUACGCCAAACGCGCCUGGAAGGAAAAGUUGGGGGAAGGGAAAAUGGAAGUCAAAGAAAUGCAAAUAUUCUUUCAAAUGUGUAAAUAGUCUCAAGGAAGAUCAUAAUCAGCCAUUGUUUGGAGUUCAGUUUAACUGGCACAGUAAAGAAGGAGAUCCAUUAGUGUUUGCAACUGUAGGAAGCAACAGAGUUACCUUAUAUGAAUGUCACUCACAAGGAGAAAUCCGGUUGUUGCAAUCUUAUGUGGAUGCUGAUGCUGAUGAGAACUUUUACACUUGUGCAUGGACAUAUGAUAGCAAUACAAGCCAUCCUCUGCUGGCUGUAGCUGGAUCUAGAGGCAUAAUUAGGAUAAUUAAUCCCAUAACAAUGCAGUGCAUAAAGCACUAUGUUGGCCAUGGAAAUGCUAUCAAUGAGCUGAAAUUCCAUCCAAGAGAUCCAAAUCUUCUUCUGUCAGUAAGUAAAGAUCAUGCUUUACGAUUAUGGAAUAUCCAAACGGACACUCUGGUGGCAAUAUUUGGAGGUGUAGAAGGGCACAGAGAUGAAGUUCUAAGUGCUGAUUAUGAUCUUUUGGGUGAAAAAAUAAUGUCUUGUGGUAUGGAUCACUCUCUUAAACUUUGGAGGAUCAAUUCAAAGAGAAUGAUGAAUGCAAUUAAGGAAUCUUAUGAUUAUAACCCAAAUAAAACUAACAGGCCAUUUAUUUCUCAGAAAAUUCAUUUUCCUGACUUUUCUACCAGAGACAUACAUAGAAAUUAUGUCGAUUGUGUGCGAUGGUUAGGUGAUUUGAUACUUUCCAAGUCAUGUGAAAAUGCCAUUGUAUGCUGGAAACCUGGCAAAAUGGAAGAUGAUAUAGAUAAAAUUAAACCCAGUGAGUCUAAUGUGACUAUUCUUGGGCGAUUUGAUUACAGCCAGUGUGACAUUUGGUACAUGAGGUUUUCUAUGGAUUUCUGGCAAAAGAUGCUUGCAUUGGGCAAUCAGGUUGGCAAACUUUAUGUUUGGGAUUUAGAAGUAGAAGAUCCUCAUAAAGCCAAAUGCACAACACUGACUCAUCAUAAAUGUGGUGCUGCUAUUCGACAAACCAGUUUUAGCAGGGAUAGCAGCAUUCUUAUAGCUGUUUGUGAUGAUGCCAGUAUUUGGCGCUGGGACCGACUUCGAUAAAAUAUUUCUUCUCAAUCAAAAUUAGAGUGUGUUUUCUGUGUACAGUAGAAUUAAUGUAUCUUGCUAGUAAGGGCACAUAGAGCAUUUAGAGUUGUCUUUCAGCAUUCAAUCAAGCUGAGCUGAAUGUAGUGAUGUUUACAUUGUUUACACUCUUUGUACUGUCUCCUGCUCAGACUCUACUGCUUUUAAUAAAAAUUUAUUUUUGUAAA